GGUAAGCUCUCUUCACUAAUGACAACAUUAGUUACUCAAUUCAGUGUUCAUUUUCAAGUCAUUUACAAGAAAUUUACAUUGCACAUUGUAUGGUCUUUCCUUCCAGAUGAUUCUGCUCCAGUGGUAGCAGCAACCAAGAAGCAACCCAAGACUCUGACUGUGCCUGCAGCCCUGUGUGUCAGCAGGACCCAAUGCCCCUACCACCACAAUGGUCAACACCAGCCGGGACUGGAGCCAGUCCUCACCACCCUAGCCCAAGUCCUGUUGACCCUGUUCAAGCCAGCAGCCGGGCACUACACCCAAUUCAGUCAGCCAGGCACCUCCAAGAAUCACUGGAAACCUCUUUUGACUCUGUUCAAGGUACAGUUGCUUUCAAGUUCCCAUUUACAGAUGUUGGAAUACAAAAUCAUGAACAGGAAAACUAAUAUUUUCUUUUUGAAAACUUCAGCCAGCAACCGGGCGCUUCAUGACGGACAGGGUGUCUCGGCUAUCGCAGCCAUGUUUGAGAGAAUCACAGAGGCCCACAUGAGUCGCUUGAUGCGGAGGAUCGAGGCGACGUUUGACAGGACCGAGGCUAGGUUUGACAAGAUCGAGUCAUUGGUGGAGACCAACGCCCCGACACACACGCCUCAACUCCAGCAAGAAGAUGUGGUGUUGGCUAAACCAUGCAGCAUGGUGAUGGAGCUGCUGGAGUUGGAUAGGAGUCUGGAACAACCAGACAAGAGGAACAAGAUGCAACAUUUUCUUGAAACUGUCAGAGGGGCAGGUUUAGGGGCAGCCAUUCACCGUAUGCUACGCCGAGCGGCAAAUAAUGAGGUACUCGCCCAUUACAGCUUGCGGGGCAGACGGGCCAAAAUGUCCUUUGAUGACCUCAUUCUGUGCAAGAUUAUAAAGGCUGCAUGUGUCAAAAAAUUUCCUGGCCAUACGGAAGCUGAAGUGGAGGAAUGCCUUGGGCAGACUCUAAAAUUUGCACCACACAGACGAUCAGCUGGUCAGCAGCAACGGAUGGACAAUUGAAUUGUGAACAGUGAUUUUUAUUCUAUUUUUUUGUGAAGUGAUUUUUU